AUGGCCACGCUGCUCAGGCACCGUUUGCCAGCAGGCAUACUUGAUAAGAGGCCCGCGUCACCCAGAUCCAGGCCCAUCUCACCGUGUCCAUCUCUGAUCGACAUAAACGAUAAACCAACAUCAUUGCACAGGGAGGACUCGAGGUGCAGCUCACCGGAUUAUUUCCAGCUCCCUUCACGGAUGCCGGUAGGGUCAUGGGAUUCCCAUAUGCAUGUCGUCGACCCAAACCGUUACCCGUUGUCGUUGGCAGCCAUAUACAAACCAAGCCCAUACACCGUCUCGCAGGCCGUCGACUUUGAAACCUCUAUAGGAGCCUCACAUCUUGUCAUUGUCCAGCCCUCGAUAUAUGGGUACGACAACACGUGUCUGCUCGAUGCUCUUCGCGCGUUUGGCCCAACUCGAGCUAGGGGCGUAGUCGCAUUUGACCCGGAGGUUACCCCGCCCUCGACGCUGCGGGAAUGGCACAAGCUGGGCGUGAGAGGCGUUCGGCUCAACCUGCGCUCGACCGGCAACACCAUGGACCAUGCUGAGAUGGAGGCCGUACUGCGAAGCUACGCCGACGCCGUUCGGCCUUUGAACUGGGUCAUCCAGCUCUACAUCCCACUGGAAAUGGUCAAGAUCCUGGAGCAGAUAAUGCCCACGCUGGGCGUCAGGAUCUGCAUCGACCACAUGGGAGCACCGGAUCUUUCCGCGCCGCCCAAGACGCCUCGGCUUGACCCGUAUAGCCUCAACGGGUUCAGCUCUCUAGUCAGGCUGCUGCAGGGCGGCAACACCUACGUCAAGCUGUCGGCGCCGUACCGGCUCAGUAAAGGCCGAGACUACAUUAGGGACGUUGAUACCGUCGCGAGGGAGCUGAUCCGUGUUGCUGGGCGGACAAGAGCCGUGUUCGCAUCGGACUGGCCUCACACAAGGUUUGAGGGGCUUGAUAUCCGGCCCUGGAUCGAGCAUGUCCUGUCCUGGUGCGGCGGCAGCCAGCACCUGGCCGAGAGAAUCUUUAGGGAUAAUGCAAAGGAGCUAUGGGCGUAG